GGUAGGUGACACGAGAGGUAGAUGGAGCUGCCACACCUCUUCACAAUCACAAGUCUGAAAGUUAAUAAUUUCAGCUCCCACCUAUAUUUAUUUAUGUAGCCCCGCCCCGCUCAUCGACAAUCACUCUUCGCAGAAGAAGAAGCGAAAAAGAAAGAACCAAAAUAACCAGAAAAAGAAAAGAAGUGGACAGCAGCGAGCAGCAAUGGCACCCGCAAAGCCUGCAACUUUGACGGAACUGGUGGAGGAGAAGACGCUUCAGUCGUCUUUCGUCCGAGACGAAGACGAGCGUCCCAAGGUGGCCUACAACCAGUUCAGCAACGACGUCCCCGUGAUUUCCCUCGCCGGAAUUGACGAGGCCGACGGUCGGAGGUCCGAGAUCUGCCAGAAAAUCGUGCAGGCAUGCGAGGACUGGGGGGUCUUCCAGGUAAUUGAUCACGGCGUGGACGCCAAUCUCAUCUCCGAGAUGAAUCGCCUCGCCAGGGACUUCUUCGCGUUACCUGCCGAGGAGAAGCUCCGAUUCGACAUGACCGGCGGCAAGAAGGGUGGAUUCAUCGUAUCCAGUCACCUCCAGGGAGAGGCAGUGCAGGACUGGCGUGAGAUCGUGACCUACUUCUCAUACCCACUUCGCACCAGGGACUACUCGAGGUGGCCCGACAAGCCGGAGGGGUGGAAGGAAGUGACCGAGAAAUACAGUGAGAAGCUCAUGGAACUGGCCUGCAAGUUGUUGGGGGUGCUGUCGGAGGCGAUGGGGCUUGAAACAGAAGCCCUUACUAAGGCUUGCGUCGACAUGGACCAAAAGGUGGUCGUCAACUAUUAUCCCAAAUGCCCGCAGCCUAACCUCACGCUCGGCCUCAAGCGACACACCGACCCCGGCACCAUUACUCUUCUUCUGCAGGACCAGGUCGGAGGCCUUCAAGCUACAAAGGAUGGGGGAAAGACAUGGAUCACUGUUCAGCCCGUCGAGGGGGCAUUCGUCGUCAACCUUGGCGACCAUGGUCACUAUCUGAGCAAUGGGAGGUUCAAGAACGCCGAUCACCAGGCAGUUGUUAAUUCCAACAGCAGCCGUCUGUCGAUUGCAACAUUCCAGAACCCUGCUCCAGAGGCAAUUGUGUACCCACUGAAGAUCAAGGAAGGAGAGAAGGCAAUCCUGGAAGAGCCCAUCACAUUCGCCGAGAUGUACCGAAGGAAGAUGAGCAAGGACCUGGAGCUUGCGAGGCUGAAGAAGCUGGCCAAGGAGCAAAAGAUCGAAGAGCUGGAAAAGGCUACUAAGCUGGAAGCGGAAAGCAAAAACAAGGGCAUCGACGAAAUUUUCGCCUAAGAAACUUGCCUUCACACUAGUUUUUUGUUUCUUAUGGUUUGAUAGUCGAUUCAUCUCUUCCCUUUGAUGAUGAUCAGAUAGUCUUUUGUAACGUCUCCGUUGAGCGUAAUGCUUAUGUUGAAUGUUUGGCUAUAUUAUUUAAUUA